AUGGAGGACAAGCAACCUGAGAUCGAGAAGUCCGGAAACCAGGCUGGAAGCUUGUCUGACUCUGAAAAGGGACCAAAGCAGACAAAUUACAUCCCCCAGAGUGACGAGGAGUACAAUGUUACCUUCAAGACUUGGAUCGUUGUGGCUAUUCUCUCAUUCUCCUAUGGUAUAUCCUUUUGGAUAAUUCCAACGUUAUCGGCAUGUGUAGCGCAAGUGGCAACCCAACUUGGGGACGUUAGUGCUCAGGCAUUCUUUCUACCAAUCUACACCUUGACCAUUACGAUUGCGUUCAUGGUGUGCGGAGCGAAUAGCGAUCUCUUUGGACGACGAUGGUUCAUCAUAUUCGGCAACGUACUCUUGUUCAUUGGAUUUAUUCUAGGCGGCCGCGCCCAGAACCCUACGCAAAUGAUAGCUGCCAUGGCCAUCAUUGGCUUUGGCGCGGGUAAUGCACAGCUUGCCGCCUUUGCCGUCCCUGAACUGCUACCAAACAAGUGGAGGCCGGUGGCAGUGACCCUCGCUGAUGCAGGUGUGGUCUUUGACGUGAUCGUCGGCCCCAUAGCUGGCAGAUCGGCCAUCGAAUUGAGUUAUAGUGGCUGGCGAUGGCUCUUCUAUGUCCCUGCCAUACUCGUCGUCAUUUCGUUUACAGGCUUGUUCUUUUACUACUACCCGCCUGCUCAUCCUCGAGGGCUGCCUUUUAAACAAGCUAUUCGUGAACUGGACUAUGGGGGUGCGAUCCUCUUUAUCAUGUCAACUGUUCUCAUCCUGACUGGUAUCAUCUACACGACAACUUUGCCCUCUAGCGACCCUCGUGUCCUGGGUACUCUCAUCGCCGGGUUUAUUCUUUUGGCCAUCUUUGCGCUAUACGAGACUUUCAUGCCGCUGAAGCAACCACUGACCCCCCAGCACGUCUUCACCAAGGGAGGCGGGCGUGAGUUGACGGCGCCCUUCAUCGCCGGAUUUGUCGUCACCAUGUUCUACUAUUCGAUUAAUAUCAUAUAUCCAACUAUGAUAUUCGUCUUCUUCACCGACAGCACGACGGGCUGGAGGUAUGCCAUGGUGCUCACACUGCCUCAGAAUCUGGGCUUCCUUCUUGGAGUGCUCUUGCUUGUCACGCUUGGCAGCAAGAUUGGCCACUACCGUUGGACUUAUACAGCGGCUGUCACAUUGAUGGUGGUCUUUGGUACUCUUCUGGCUUUGGGAAGACCUGAUCGAUUUGGCAUGAUGAUUGCUUUCGUCUUUCUUGCCGAAGUCGGCUUUGGAUUCGCUCAAUAUCUCUCAAUUACGUUUAUACAAUUUGGAACCAAGCAGGAAGAGCUGGGAAUUUCAGGGGGUCUCGCCGGAGUGGCCAGGUUUGCAGGAGGUGCUGUAGCACUCUCGGUCUAUACCACGAUCCUUACAAACACACAAACAGCCGAGGCUGCGCGGCUCAUUCCUGCUGCUGCGACAGGGGCUGGACUGCCAGAGUCGUCCGUCUCGCAGUUGAUAACAGCAUUAUCCCUCGGAGCUUCUGCGCUGGCGGAAGUACCAGGUAUAACCGACAGCAUCAUUGCAGCCGCCAGUACGGCAUUACAGCAGAGUUACGUUGUAGGUCUGAGAACGACGGCACUCUCAUCACUCGCUUUUGGUAUUGUUGGAAUUAUUGCUUGUGCUUGCUGCCAGGAGAUUAGCCACAAGAUGAACAACAAGAUUGAGAUCUUUUUGGAAAACGACGUGAACGCGGCUCGGAAUACGCAUCACUGA